AUGCCGCCCCGCCUCUCAUUAAGGGUGGCCUUCCCCCGGCCAUCGGCCGUAAUCGCCAGCCAUGCACCACGCCGCUUUCUCCUCCCCCUGACCGCCCAGCGCGGCAUUCAAUACGGCUGGUCAACGGCACCACCACGAUCCAAGCACCGACGCUUCAACCAGCCCAGUGCCGGCCUACCCGCGCCCACGACGGGCCCUGCGGCCGCCCUGAAGCGGCGGGAGAACACAACCCCCCUCCGAGCGGGCGUGCUCGCCACCAAGAAGGGCAUGACGAGCAUGUUCGUCGGCAAGACGCGCAUCCCCUGCACGGUCCUGCAACUCGACCAGGUGCAGGUGGUCGCGAACAAGACGAGAGAGAAGCACGGAUACUGGGCUGUCCAGAUUGGCGCCGGGUCACGACAACCCCGCAACGUGACCAGCCCGAUGCUGGGAUACUACGAAGCAAAGGGGAUAGCACCAAAGAGCCAACUGGCCGAGUUCACGGUCCGCGGCACGGAAGGCCUCCUGCCCGUCGGCUCCCAGCUGCUGCCGGACUGGUUCCAAACCGGGCAGAUCGUCGACGUCCGCGCCAAGUCCCGCGGCAUGGGCUUCGCGGGCGGCAUGAAGCGCCACGGGUUCGCGGGCCAGGGGGCGUCGCACGGCAACUCCAAGAACCACCGGACGAUCGGCACGACCGGCCCCUCCCAGGGAAGCGGCAGCCGCGUCCUCCCGGGCAAGAAGAUGCCCGGGCGGAUGGGCAACGAGUGGGUGACUGUGCAGAACCUCAAGGUGAUGAAGGUCGACAACGAGCUGGGCAUUGUGCUCGUCAGCGGCGCCGUCCCGGGGCCCAAGGGCCGCGCGGUGAAGCUGCAGGACGCGAAGAAGCGCAAGGCUCCUGCGCUGCCGUACCGCGAGAGGGUCCUGCGGGAGAUGCUGGAGCGGCAUCCUGGCGGGGAGGCGCAGCUGGAAGCGGCGAGACAGAGACACUUGGAGAUGAAGGAGCAGCGGCAGUCAAAGGCGGCCGAGCUGUAG